AUGGAAAGCUGCAACAACAACGGAAACCCAGAGAUUCUAUACCGAAAGGGAAUGCUGGAAUUCUUCACCCAUUAUAGAGAAGCUUCUGGAAUGACAUAUUUAAAGCUUUAUGCCCAAAAAGGCUACUCGGAAACUUGUUAUGUAUACGACAUCAUUUUGUAUGCAACGAGUUUGGAGGAUGAGGGAGUGAAGUUCUUGAAGAUUUGUGAGGCAAAAUUAGGGCUUAAACGGGCUGAAUGUCGUCGGAGAGUUAAGGAAUUUGUUUGUAAUCUUUGGGUUAAGAACAAUAUUCCUUUGUCGGAAAAGGAUUUCGGUGACCGGAGGGAAUGUGAGAGUGUAGUUAAGAAUACUUGUAAGAAGAACGUGAGAAGAAUUAGAUGGGAUGGGAACGAUGGGGAUGAUUAUUAUGGAGAACACACGUGCGAAGCGUGUAAAUGGAAUGAGGAAGUUUUGAGAUUUUGUAAUAUGCUUAGAACUGGGAGUUACGAUAUCAUGUUAGGGCACUUGUAG